GCGAAAGUUUCAAAAUAUUUUUUUUAAAGAAAAUUUCAACUUCCAGAGGAGUAAUACGUUCUGAAAACAUCUUGGAAGUCUUGAACGCAGGUUUGACGGUCUAUUUCUCUCGUGUUUUGCUGCCCAGCUAUCGGUUUGGAAGACGAUGAUUUUGAAGCAACAAUUGGGACAAACUAUCUUCCUGAGCAUGUUAGUUUUUGUUAUCAGUGGAACAUGGGGAUAUCGCUCGGGACUGGAAAUGAUGAAUGUGACAUACUGUGGGAAGUACGAUAAGCCUCCAACAUUUAAAGUUUCUCCAUGGCCUUCCAUUCCUACUGGAAUACAUGUAAAUAGUAGUGUAACAUUUACACCUGCGGUAGAUGUUCUUGAAACAUCCAUGUCAUACGGACUGUUCUCAGACGGCCAAGUUAUUUUAAAGGGCGGGUACGACGUUAUCUGCGAUGUGUACCCAUGCAUGUGCAGCUUACCUGCUGGUGAAACCAAAGUGUGCGUUGUAUCUGAGAAUUUGCCGUCCUUUCCUCCAUUUCUGAAGAAUCGAACCUAUAAGAUGAAAGUUCAACUUUUCAAUGAAGAGAAUAUCAUGUUUCUCUGUUUUGAGAUUGUGGGCAAGUUAUGGUAAGAGACGAACAGGACAAGCAAGAGUCAAGACUC